UGGGUUUCUCGCAACCGAUGUUGUUUGGUGCCUCCUGUCCUCCAAUGGGGGACCCUCAAUCACUCAUGGGCUCGGUUCAAGGCACUCAAUCAUCCUUUGGAUUCGAUAUCGAAAUGGAGCAAUGCAGUGACGAUGGCUUGUUUUCUGUUAUCAACACUAACAAUGCUCUUUUCGCUAAACGCUCAUUCCCUGCUCCUUCUGCUCCACCGAUGGCGUUCUGCUGCGGUACUACUGCCCAGCCACUCAGUGGAGGACCGCUUUUCGGUGCACCAGAAAGUGAACAACUACAAGAAUCUACAGCACUGUUGAAGUUAGUCAAAAUGCAACAUUUUAUUGGAUCGUGGUCACUGGACAAGGAUUUGUGUGAAUGCACCGGGCUUUCUCCGGAGGCCGUUCGUGUUGCAAAACCAAUAAAAUGGUCCGCGUCAACUGACUUGGACUUAUCCGAAGCGGUGUGGGCCACCGUCGUGGCUUUAGCAUAUCUGGAAAUCAAAGAGUCCGAAAAUAAGGACGAGUGGAUGUUGAUUGCGCGCAAAGCAAGGCAGUGGAUUCAAAACGAAGCAAAGCUGGUCUUGAAAGACUCCACUGUGGUUACGAACACCUUCAAUGAACUGAUGCAAAAAGCCAAGAAACUGUUCACUGAUUCGCAGUCUUUCCAUUGAUGCAGAGGUUCUUCUGGUUUGCAUAUCAUUCGCACGAUUUUAUAUACUGCAGCUUAUUUCACAUUUUUCUUCGCUUAAUUUGCGUAUUUUUAUGAAAACCUCUUAACUGGAGUCAUUCUUCCGCUGUUUUAUCCACGCCUGCUUUCACCACACUCAAAGAGCAACCAAACAUUUUUAUUAUUGAAAUUUCAUGUGCUUUCAACAUUCGCAGAUUCUUGCAUAUUGUUUACCUGACGAUCUCUAACUCAACCCUCUAAUCACCGCAUCACUGGACUUGUGUGCGCCCAGAUUGCUCUGCGGGACACUCCCUUAAUACAGCUAUCGGUGGCCGUCGGAGGUUGACAGACCGAACCAUUGUUAGUUAUUUGCUCGGCGUCAUCAUCUUGCAGAUACCUGAGAGGUAUGAAACGGGUUUUUCAAGUUUUUUUUAAAAACACCUCCAAUCACACAUUUCAGUUGGAUAAUCGGUUCGUCCCGUAGGAUUUGAAGCUACUACAAUCCACUUGCGAGUCACUGGAUCGAACAAUGGACCUUGGCUGAUGAAUGAAGACCUUCAUAACUGAUUACUGUCCUCUUCACUUGACAUGUGUUCUCUUUCUUCACACAGCUAUCACUUCCUUU